AUGGGUCAUCAACGGUCAGCCUGUGAUCGCUGCAGAAGUCAAAAGCUGCGCUGUCCUCGCAGCGAUAAGUCGAAGGGUGACCCAUGCGCCAGAUGCUUGGGAGUCGGGGUCCAGUGCGUUACCAGCAGUGCACGACCCCUGGGACGACCUCGAACAACAGGCGUGGCCGAACGAAGAACCAGAUCCAUUAAGACAGGAAACACUGCACCAGAAACCCUUAGUGUGGGUUUGACCUCUCCGCGUCCGCCAUCGACGACGGUGGGUGUGCAACCAUGUUCUAAUCUGUGGACGUCUGCGAGCUUGGAUCCGUUCUCCGACUAUCUUCCAGAUCCGUCCAUCGUGACCGGUUCUUAUUUCGAAAAUCCAGUCCCUAGCUUGACAUUCCAGACGAAUGUGGAAUGUGCCUUCGAUCUUCAAUUGCCGCCUCACGAUGACCUUUUCGACAUUAGACUGCCGACGGAACUUUCCCAACGCCCGCAGAACAGCUUUAGCCAACCGGCCUUUGCCGAAAGCCAUUCGCAGGGACCAUCAUUGGAGCCUUCGAAACCUGCAGACACACUCACUGCCCUAUCAAGACUGAAUGAAGAUAUCGUUAGACAGCAUUCCCAGCUAAAUUCGUACCUCUGGGGACCUGUGAAUGGGGCGCAACAUUGUCUCGAUAAGUUUCACAAAGUUGAGGGAAACCCCAUGGCUGAGUUGCUGCAAAGCACCUCUCAGUUCGUCGCUAUUCUCGAAAACUUGGAGCGGUUGUCGCUACCACCAAAUAAAACUGUCGACAGGUCUCUGCCGCACUUGCCUCCGGCCUCGGACUCUGAUUUCUACACUUCGAUCUCCGAACAAAGGGAAACAAUGUCGCCUGUACAUGGAUCCUCCACAGACGUGAAGCCAUUGAGCAUGCCAGUUGCGCUGAUGCUUCUAUCAAGCUAUCUCCUUCUUGUGGAGCUCUACGACGCACUAUUUAUCCGUGUACGUGAUGCUCUGUCUAAGUUGGCAGACGUCUAUGCCUUCUUUCAUGAGUUGCCCGAAUUCCGAGUGGCUGGCCUCCCUUCAAUGAAAGUACAUCUAUACGCCAAGAUCAUCCUCCAAAUCAUCGAGCAUCAUUUCGAUCGUCUUGGACGCCUGCUGGGCCUCCCGAAAGAAUUUGAUCUCUCUGAACAGACUACGCAUUGCAAGGGGUUAUUGGGCACUACAGACCUAUCUCAGCUUCUACAAGUCACAAUGACACAGAUGAGCGGCAGUCCUAGAACAUCGGGGAGUCUAACACUGAAGUCGUUCAGGUCCAAUCUGAAGGGUAUCCAAGCUAUGCUGCCGGGAUAG